AUUUUUCUCGACAUCAACAUACAAUACCACCAAAAUGGCCACAUACGACAGCGACUCUGAUUUCGAGGACGAGAACUUUACAGAGACAAACGUCCUACUCGGUUACGCCACCAAGGAUGUAGCAGACGACACAACCAGCCAGUUGGGCGGACACCCUACAUGGCUAGAUGAGAAGACGACACCGCCCGGCGACUUGGCCAAAUGCAAGAACUGCAACAACCUCUUGACACUGCUGCUUCAACUGAACGGCGACCUGCCCGACCGUUUCCCUGGCCAUGAACGACGACUCUACCUCUGGGCAUGUAAGAGAAAGGCCUGCAGAAGAAAGGACGGCAGCGUGAGAGCUUUCAGAGCCAUCCGCGCAUCAGCAAUUCCCGCCGAGUCAGAGAAGCCCAAACAACAGAAAAAGGAGGAAACACCACAAGAACCCGCCGCUCCUGCGGCGCCAAAGACGAACAUCGGCGAGUCUCUCUUCGGUGUCAAGCCUCCCACUUCUGGAUCUUCUCCUCUCAACCCUUUCGCUACCGGCGGCGCCUCAUCACGCCCUGCAAACCCCUUCUCUACCGCCCCCGCUUCCUCACCAGCGGCUCCUUCGCCCGCAGCUCCUACACCAGCAGCCACACAACCCACACCUUCUCUCUCUGAGACUUUCGCCAGCAAAGCGCGCAUCUCGAGCCCAGAGCCCAACACCACACCAGCCAUCCCCACCGGCCCCCGCGAGCCCUGGCCCCAACAAUCCUCUUUUCCCCCGCCCUACCCCUCCUACUACCUCGACGCCGACUACGAAACCCUCGACGCCGAAAAGCCCGAGAUCCCCCAACAAACACGCGUGGACAUGGAUCUCGACGCCGGCGAAGGCGGUCCCUCUGGUCAAGACAUGGACGUCAAAGAUGCCUUUGAAUCAAGCAUGGACAAAGCCUUCCAACGCUUCGCCGACCGCAUGUCCCAAAACCCAGAGCAAAUCCUUCGUUACGAGUUUGCUGGGCAGCCAUUGCUUUACUCGAAAACAGAUGCUGUGGGUAGAUUGUUGGGUGCGCAUCAAGAUUCUGCGUCUAGCAAUGCCAAGGUCAAGACUAGUGGUAAGACUGGAAUGCCUAAGUGCAACAACUGUGGUGCGGAGAGGUUGUUCGAACUGCAAUUGACUCCUUAUGCUAUUGUGGAACUUGAAGCCGAGGAGUUGGGCUUGGAGGGUAUGGAAUGGGGUACCGUUAUCCUUGGUGUUUGUGAAAAGGACUGCGUUAUGCGUGGGCAGAAGGAGGGUGAGGUUGGUUAUGUCGAGGAGUGGGUUGGUGUUCAGUGGGAAGAGUUGACUGGAAAGAAGUAA